CUCUCUCCCUCAGAUUACCAUUCUCUCUCUCUCUCUCUCACUCACAUAUAUACAUUAACCAGAGAGAGAGCACCAAAUCUCAUCGUGUUUUUUUUUUUUGGGGGACCAAAAAGCAAAAUCCCCAACGUCCUCCCUACCGUGCCUCCUCUAUUUUCUCUCUCGCAAUUCUCAGCCCUCCCUAGAUUCACUUCUCAACCAUUUGGAUCCUCGAUCUAAUCUCUAAUAAUUUUGGCUGUUAUUUCUAAUCAAAAUUGCGCAUUCAAUCCAAUCCAAUCCGAUUCGAUUCAAUUUAUUGCUAUAUCGAUCGGAUUCGAUCCAGUUGUUACGUUACUGAGAGGAAUGGAUUCAUAUUUUAACAGAGCCUGAAAAUUUGAAACAAAUUGAAUAUAAUAUGCCCGGAUUAGCGCAGAGGAAUAAUGACCAUUUCAGCAAUGGUUCUACGGCGUCGUAUUCGCUCUCCGCCAAUGGCUUUUGGUCCAAGCAUGCCGAUGAUGUUAGCUGCACCCAGCUCCAGAAGUUCUGGGGCGAGUUGUCGCAGCAAGCGCGGCAGAAGCUUUUGAGGAUUGACAAGCAAACUCUAUUUGAGCAAGCUCGUAAGAAUAUGUACUGCUCUAGAUGCAAUGGGUUACUGCUUGAAGGUUUUUUGCAGAUUGUCAUGUAUGGAAAGUCUUUGCAGCAGGAGGGAGCAGGUGGACACGUUCCCUGCAAUAGACAAGGGGCCUUGAAAACUCAAAACGAUGCUGGAUUGAAUGUUCCUAAUGGUUGCCAUGACGAAAUUCAAGAUCCGUCUGUGCAUCCUUGGGGGGGUCUGACCACUACACGUGAUGGGUCAUUGACACUUAUGGACUGCUAUUUGUAUGCAAAGUCUCUCAAAGGACUCCAAAAUGUUUUUGACAGUGCACGUGCAAGGGAACGGGAACGCGAGUUGCUUUAUCCUGAUGCAUGUGGUGGGAGUGGUCGGGGCUGGAUAAGCCAAGGAGUUGCGAGUUAUGGCAGAGGGCAUGGAACAAGGGAGACGUGUGCACUGCACACAGCCAGGCUUUCUUGUGACACUUUGGUGGAUUUCUGGUCAGCUCUUGGAGAAGAAACCCGGCAAUCUCUUCUACGGAUGAAGGAAGAGGAUUUUAUAGAGAGGCUUAUGUACAGAUUCGACAGCAAGAGAUUUUGCAGAGAUUGCAGAAGGAAUGUUAUUCGUGAGUUCAAGGAGCUAAAGGAGCUGAAGCGCUUGCGGAGAGAACCCCGCUGUACUAGUUGGUUUUGUGUAGCAGAUACAGCCUUCCAAUAUGAGGUAUCUAAUGACACAAUCGAAGUUGAUUGGCGCCAAACUUUUGCAGACACUGUGGGAACAUAUCAUCACUUUGAGUGGGCAGUUGGAACAGGAGAAGGAAAAUGUGAUAUUCUGGAAUUUGAAAAUGUUGGAAUGAAUGGAAGUGUUCAAGUCAGUGGCCUUGAUCUUGGCAGUUUAGGUGCAUGCUUUAUCACCCUGAGAGCUUGGAAGCUAGAUGGCCGCUGCACUGAGCUUUCUGUAAAAGCUCAUGCCUUAAAGGGUCAACACUGUGUACAUUGCAGGCUCGUUGUUGGGGAUGGCUUUGUGACAAUCACAAGAGGGGAAAGUAUCAGAAGGUUUUUUGAACAUGCUGAAGAGGCUGAGGAAGAAGAGGAUGAUGAUUCCAUGGACAAGGACGGAAAUGAGCUGGAUGGAGAAUGCUCCCGUCCCCAAAAACAUGCGAAGAGUCCUGAACUUGCACGGGAGUUUCUUCUGGAUGCAGCAACUGUUAUUUUUAAGGAACAGGUUGAAAAGGCAUUCAGGGAAGGAACUGCCCGCCAAAAUGCACACAGCAUCUUUGUCUGCCUUGCGCUAAAACUGCUGGAAGAACGCGUUCAUGUUGCAUGCAAAGAAAUCAUUACAUAUGAAAAGCAGAUGAAACUUCUUGAAGAAGAAGAGAAGGAAAAACGUGAAGAAGAAGAACGCAAAGAGAGGAGAAGAACAAAAGAAAGAGAGAAAAAGCUCCGAAGAAAGGAAAGAUUAAAAGAGAAAGAAAAGGAUAAAGAGCAAAAAUGCUGUGACUCAAAUCAAACUACUGUUCCUACUGAUGUCUCAAAGGAAGAAUCAUCACCAAGUGUUGAUGAGGAGCCAAAUAAUCCUGUCAGCUGCCAGGAUGCAGUUAGUGAAGUUGGUGAUAACAUUCUAUCUUGGCCUGGAUCUCCUGAUAUUCAAGAGGAGUUGUCAAAUGGAUAUAUUACUUCGAUAAUGCAAGACCACUCUUUUGAUUGUCCCAAUGGGGAGAUUAACUAUGUGAAAGAUUGGAAUGGUUCUUUUAUAGCUGAUCAAUCAAAUUUUUCUCGUCGGAGACCAAAAUAUCGGAAAGAAGUUCAACUGGAUCCAUCUUUGAAGUGGUCUGACAGACGCCGAUUUUCAGCUGCAGAUUGUGGGGCAGUGGUUAGGUCUGAGCCAAGAUAUUAUGGUGAUAAUUUUGAGACUCCUUCCAGAAGCAUUAUUGGAUCCAAUAGGCAGUCAAGGAUGAAUGUUCCAAAAUCUAAUGGUCGACAUUGUGGCCCAAAGUUUCAUGAUAAGUUUUCCAGCAACAGAGUAAGUGACAGAUAUGACUUCCAUUCUUGCAGCUGUAACCAGAACAAUGAAUAUAGAGCAAGGGUUGAUACACAUGUUUCUACAAUCAGAGUAAUUCGGGAGACUAAAUCUGUGAGUAAGUUAGAGUCUGCAUUGGAUAUGUCCAAGCAGUUUUAUCGUGGUAACAAGUACAAUCAAAUGGAGUACUUGCGUGAUGGUUGUGGAAGACCUAAAAGCAAAGUCAUCUCAGGGAACAAUCCUCCUGCAAAAGAACUUCAUUCCAAGAAAGUUUGGGAGCCCAUGGAAUCACAGAAAAAGUAUCCACGAAGUAACUCAGAUUCUGACAUUACCUUGAGGUCAACUACUUUCAAGGUUGAAGAGGUGGAACCUGAUAAUAACCUUAUCAAGUCAUCUGCUGACAAGUGUUGUCGUGAACACACUGGAGAUUCAGCUGAUAUUGAUCAGGAAAAUAGUAAUUUGAAGGAAUCAGGAAACUCUAGCAUUGUAGUGGAUGGGGCCUGUGAGAAUGGACUUAAUGUGGGAGCAAAGGGCCCUUGCAACUCAGCUGCUUCUGAGGAAAUUGGACUAAGUCCUAUCAGUUCUGCGAAUUCUGAUAAUUCUGCAUCAAAUGAUUCUGAUAAUUCUGCAUCAAAUGGGACCUUAGAUCCCAUUGUGAGUAGCACAUCCAGUUCUGAUAACUCCUCGUCAUGCCUAAGUGAGGGCGACAGCAAUACAACCUCUUCAAUCCAUGGAAAUCUGGAAUCCUCUUCUACAUCAGAUUCAGAAGAUGCAAGCCAGCAAUCAGAAGGUAGAGAAUCAUGUGUUCAAAGUGGCUUCUCUGAGUGUCAUGAAGUUAAAAUGGAGAAAAGUCAGAAUUCAAAUGGCGAGGAGGUUAUUGGAAGUGGGGCAUCAAUUGGGCUUUCAUUGGAUGGAGCAGGAACAGGAAGUAUUUCUGUGGAUAAACCACCAACACGGAUUUCCCAAAAUUUUGACAAUAAUGGAUUGUCUGCUGUCAGCAUUGGUUCGCAACAUCAAGGCAUGCUUCCUCCAAUGCAUAACCAGAAUAUACACUUUCCAGUGUUUCAAGCUCCUUCAACAAUGGGUUUUUACCAUCAAAACCCAGUUUCUUGGCCAGCAGCUCAUGCUAAUGGCUUAAUGCCCUUCGCCCAUCCCAACCACUAUUUAUAUGCUAGCCCUAUUGGGUAUGGAGUGAAUGGAAAUUCACGCUUCUGCAUGCAGUAUGGUCCCAUGCAGCAUAUAGGUACCCCUCUAUUUAACCCCAGUCCAGUCCCAGUUUAUCAACCAAUUGCUAAAGCUAGUGGCAUAAAUGCUGAGGAACAAAUUCAGAUCUCUAAGCCAGGUGCAGGACAAGAAGCUUUCAAUGAAAUUAAUACGGAGAAGGUGGCUCCCACUGGAGCACAUCCAAAAGAAGCACCGCCACAUGAAGAAGGUGGGAAAAAUGACAAUUCUGCCAAAUUGCAUACAGGCAACACUGGGUUUUCCUUGUUCCAUCGUGGGCCUGUUCCUAUUUCAAAUGGAUAUAAAUCAAAUCUCGUGCCUUCGAAAGAACAGAUUAUGGAGGAUUUUUCUCAAGAAUGUCCAACAGAUCAUGUUGAGAGUGAUCAUGUUUCAAAUAAGAAAGAGAGUACAAUGGAAGAAUACAACUUGUUUGACGGCUUACGGUUUUCAUUCUUCUAAUAUAGUAAUGAGAAGGUUAAAGGUGGCUGUUACGGAUUUCAGUCCCUAUCUUCUUUACUUGGUAUGAGAGGUUUGAGUACUUUGUAAUUCGGUACACAAUAAUCUUCAGAAAUUGCAAUUUUAGCUUACAGUUUCCAUAGAUGAUUGUUUUCCAAUUUGUCACAUUGUUUUUUGAGGAACCCAAAAAAAAAAAAAAAAAAGUUUGCGAGAGUGCAUAAUGUUUGAAGAGUUCUGUAUGAGGUUAGCCUUUUUCAUUAAUGAAGCAUUUAUUGGUAUGAAA